GACGCGCGUAGAAUCAGCACAGAAUUGAUAUGAGCAGAGGAUCCGUUACACCCGCACGACAAGAGGCGGCGCGCGGCAGUGCUAACAAACACACUGGGUCCAAAUGGCGUAACGCUGCUGUCAGUACUCGACGGGAAUCCCACUGAAUGUAACUGCACGUCCACACGCACGCUCCUCCGUCCACACACCGAGGGGAAGGCACCGUUGUUCUUUCUAUCGAGCUAGCUGCGCAGGACAGUGAAGAAUGGAGCCAUCAGAGCAGUCAGGCCCAGGCUCGGAGUCUCAGGAUGUCAACCCUGUGUUUCUGCAGCAGCUGCGGGAGCUGGACAUCCCAGAGGAGGCAGCCAAACAGGCCCUCCUGCACACUCGGAAUGUGUCUGCCGAAGAGGCGGCCAUGUACUACUUCAACAAGCUGGAGAAUGAGGAGGAGGGAGAUGACGACCUCAUGUUCAAGAUGGUGUUUGUGGUGAACAUGGACCUUGCCAUGGGUGUUGGGAAGGUGGCAGCCCAGGUAGGCCACGCUGCUGUAGGGUUGUACCAGGCUCUACAGGAGAAGAACAGCUGGAGGGAGAUGGCCUGGAAGUGGGACCACAGUGGAGCCAAGAAGGUGGUACUCCAGGGCACCAACGUGGCUCAUCUACUGGAGCUGCAGGCUCUGGCCAUGAGCCUCAGCCUGCCUACUUACCUGGUCCAAGAUGCAGGGCUCACUCAGGUGGAGGCUGGGUCCCGCACUGUUCUGGCCAUCAUGGGCGAGGAGGAGAUGGUGAACAAUGUCACUGGGAGCCUGAAGAUACUCUGAGAGGCUCGAACCCACAGUGGGGGAGGAAUGUCUCUGCAGUGCCACAGUGCAGCCAGCAGGAGGCAGAAUUUCCCAGCGACGGGAAGUCUUGGCAUGCAAGAGUGUAAAACCUUUUAAAAAAUCUUUAAAAAAAACAGACCUAAAGAACGAGGGAACAAGACAUACCCUAACACCAGAAAACAAACACUCUCGGCCAUUUGUUUCCCUUUCAUUCUUUGUCUGAGCCGCUCAGUCGGCCAUUGAGAGCAGGAGGGGAGAGAGAGAUGGGUUCCUCACAAGGGAACAAGAUAUAGGCAGUUAAAACGUCUUUCUGUUCUGACCUUUCCCUUUUCUACACAGGCCGCCCACAUAGUCUUAAUCAUUUUUCAAACACAUCUAGUCUGUUGUCCAGGUUCAGAUAUGGCAAAGUCAAAUCAAGUAGUUUAGUUGGUUAACCAAUAUAAUAGUUCUGCUUCUUGAAUGGGCUAUGUAUUGUACACUUAAGACAUAAUGUAAUUAGAUGAAACCCAUAGCAGAUGUAGUAUGUGACUGUUGUAUCACUAUUCCUGAAUGAAGGGUGAUGUAUUAACCGAUAACGUGAACACUCAUUUUUGACAUUUCAAUGAUUUUGUGUCUGUAUCCAACUGUUCUCCCAAAGAUCCUUGUCCUAUAGACUCAGUAACAUGACUUAUUAUUGAUAAAUUACUAUUUUAUAUGCAUACCCUUGUAAGAGCCCUAUACUGUAUAAUGUGUGGUGUGCACAUUUACUGGACUUUGUUGUUGUUUUUUUCCCUUUGUGCAAAAGAAAAAAUGUCCAGAAUAAGAAUUUUAAUUGGUAGAAUUUAAUGGUGGGAUUUUGCAGGCCAACCAAAAUGUCCAAAUAUACUGCAGGUCUGAGCUGGGCCUAACUGUAUGCAGUCUGACAGCCUGGGGUGGAUAAGUUGCAAUAACAAAUUUGAUCAACUUACAGCUCGAGAAAAUAGAAAUGAUCAUGUGGAUGACAAUUGUUACAGACUAGUCUGGCACACUUAUAAUCUGAAUACAAGAAGAAUGCGUGAUAUGCUGUGUCUUUUGUUCUCACUGACAAAUAUCUGUGGGCAUGAGAUGCCACUCCUAGAAUGCUUAGCCCUCUGUCAAGGAUUCUAUUUGUAACACAAGCCUUGUCUGUGACAUGCAUGCAGUAUGAAGUGUAUAUUUAAACAGACAUUCACUAAUAUGUCCACACUUUGAUACCUAUUGUGUCAUGCAGUAGUGUGUGUGAGUGCUUUCAGACUGGAGAGAAUUAAAACGCCUCCAGAUGAA